UUUGUCUAAUUUAUCAACCAGGAAUACAAGAGGAAAUCAAGGCAAUUUAAGAACUCCGUAUACGACAAAAUAUAAGAAAGACAUCACAUCGCGAGAAAGCUGUAUCCAUGCUAAGGUGGCAAAACGCGUCAAUGUUUCAUAACUGCAUCAUCUUCCAACAUUCCCAGUUCUUGCGCGCGUACUUGCUCAAUCCUUUCUUGAAGAUCCAAUCUGAAGGCCCAAUCAGAGGCUUCUCUAACCAGUUGGGUAACUUGGGUUGGUGUGUAGUUGGCAAGGACUUUCAGCGCCUUUUCUUCUUCAUCAUUGUUGAUGUAUUGAACUAUCUCAUCAAUGAGAUUGCUCGUUGGGGCUUGUUGAGGUGCAUCCGACAUUUGAUCCAAUAAGAAUAUGCCCGGUCGAAACAAUUCACAUACAAAUCCGGCAGAUUCUAUCCAGUCAGGUAUUCUAGCGAGAAGAAUUCAAGUUUCCCGAUGAGCUGCAACUGUUGCAGGAAAUCCCUUCGCUCUCCCACCCUGCCCUCCUCUGCUCCUACUUGUUCCCUCUCGCUCGCCCCUGUUCUCCCUUGACCUCUCCCCUCCUCCUCUCUCUUCCUCUUGUUGUUCUCCUCGUCUUCCUCGUCCUCGUCGCCCUGCUUGUUGUCUUUGUUCGUCUUCGGUUCUUGCUGCUUCUCCCGCCUGCUUCAAGUUCAGCCAAGGAUCUUGCGCGCCAUUUUUGAACUGUCCACACCCUACC